GCUUCAGUCUAGAGACAAUGAUACAUCUAUGCCAUUGUACAAGUACAGCGAAUAACUAAACGAUCCACACAACACAGAGUAGCAUUCUCCAUUUUAAUCUCAAUACCUUUCUUUCUGUUAAUAUAUUCUACCUCUAACGCUAUUGAUUAACUUUUGAGUGGCGAUCCUCAUGGCACGUAGAGUGUAGACACAAAGGUUCAAUUAAUUCCAUCAUGGGAAACAUUCACAGCAGCAACAAUUUCUCUCAGCGGUUUCCUCUGGACGAUAAUUCGGUUGCUGUCAUACGCAAAACCAAAAGCCGCAAAGGGCGUGAAGUUGUGGACACUUGGACUGCAGAGUACUACUCAUUUGGAAAGACAAGCUGCGAACUAGAGUUGACCAAAACCAACCAACAAGAGUUAUUCAUCUCUCUCCUUGACCACGCACCAAGCCAUGCAAACGACCACGUUGAUUUUCGGAUAAAUAUGAGUGUCGAAGAAGGUCUUCUUUUAGCAAACGUUACUCUAAACGGACCUAGAACAUGCAUGCAUCAACUUCCGGAGAGGAAAACCCCUAUUGCGCAAGGUGGUGUUCUCAAGUCCUCCUCCAUAUUGUACGGACGUGACUCCGACCGGAAGGGUCUUAUUGUCAUUUUAAGGGCAAAGAGAAACGACGACGACAAAGAGCGUCCUUACAUGAUCACUUUGAAGCACUAUUUCGUGGCUGCUUCUUCUUCUCAUGGUGUCUGUGUUGUGGCCAAGAUUCGCAGUGAUGGAGGUUUGAGUGUUGAGAUAGAGAAGCCUUCUACGCAGCCCAAACGUGACAUGUUGCACAUGUUUGAUGAUGUCAAAGGAAAGGGGUGGUGCCCUAAUCCUAGUAGUUCUGAUUGUGCAAUCGAGCUUUUCAACCAAAACAAUGGUAAAGUACGGGUGAUUAGGUUUGAAGGCAUGAACAAUCCAGCUGCAAACAAUGGACUGCCAUAUUUGGAUUGAUGCUUUUGCUACUAGCAGGAAUUACUAAAACAUGGGUUUGAGAUUGUAUUUAGUAAAUAAUGUAAUUGGAUAUUUUCCUAAUUCUUAUAAAGCUUCAAGGGAAAACUAAUAAUGUUUUCUGUAUGAUA